AUGAAGUACAUUCUCGUCGCCUCUCUUCUCACCUCCGCAGUUCUUGCUGCCCCCUUCGCCCAGCAGGGCCAGGGCAAUGCGAACACCGGCAACAACAAUGGCGGCACCCAGAACACCCCCACCGGGGCCGGCGCCACCAACGGUCAGACUCCUACCGCUGGUGACCUCGCCACCGCUGUCUCCAACUGGAUGGCCGACACUUCCAUGGUCUCCAACUUCCUGAACACCGGCGCCAGCAUUCAGAACAACGCUGCCUUCAAGCAGGCUGCUCUCGUCGCCUACAACGCUGAAGUCGAUGAGCUCAACCAGAAGGCUGUGAUCGAUGCUGCCAACAGUCAGCAGCCCAACGUACAGGCCGCCAACUCUACCCUCGCCACCGGUGGUGCUUUCAUGGAUGUCGUCACUAAGCUUCAGAUCAUGUCCGUCCAGGGCAAGGCUGCUGCCAACAACAUCGACCUGAUCAACCAGAACCGCUGCGUCAACGUCCUCCCCAACAUCGAUGCCUACAUGGCCUCCACCGGCUCCAGCUCCCAGGCUGUUCGUCCCCAGGUCUGCGACCAGACUGGUGUUGCUGGUGGUGUCCAGGGCAGUGGUCCCACUCUUCCCGGCCAGCCCGCUGGUACUCCUCAGGCCGCUUUUACCGCCGCUCAGGCUCUUCAGCAGGGUCAGGGUAACGGUCAAGUCCAAAAUGGUGCCGCUACUGGUCAGACUGGCGCCGCUACUGGUCAGACUGGUGCCAACGGACAGACUGCUGCUGCCGCUGGCGCUGCUGGUGGUAACGCUGCUGCAGGUGGCAACGCCGCUGCAGGUGGUAACGCCGCUGCAGGUGGUAACGCCGCUGGCGCCGCAGCCGCCGCUGGUGGCAAGGGCAAGGGCAAGGGCAAGGGCAAGGCCAAGAACAACUAA